GACAACUCACAUGAUCGAGUCAAUUUGUAGUUGUCAUUUGUGAGGGGACAAUAUAAACAUGGACCGCGAAGAAACCGAAAAAUGCACGUGGAGUCCGAAUGCCGAUCCAGAAACUUCACCCCACCCUAAACAUGAAUGGCAGAGAACCUCAAAAACAUGUCCGGACAUACUGGCAGCAGUUGGGCACACUCCACUGAUAAGAUUAAAUAAAAUACCAGAGAUGAUGGGAGUACAGUGUGAAAUGUACGUUAAAUGUGAAUUUAUGAACCCGUUCGGCACCGACAAAGACAGAUUUGGUAAAAGAGCCUUUCAAGAGGCAGAAAAAAAUGGCACAAUUCCGCCAGGUGCUACACUAAUCAUACCAAAUGCCGGAAGUGCUGCCAUACCAUUGGCAACACUUGGGUCUAUUAAAGGACAUCCAGUAAAGGUGGUUGCUAAAGAAGAUUUACUGCCAUGCAGAGAAAUUAUGUUGAACAUGCUUGGAGCAGACGUUAUCAAAGUCCCAUUGGAAGUAAAUCCAGGUUCUCAUAAUGGAGUGUUUGGUCUUUGUAAAAGACUUUCCAAGGAGAUUACUCCGUCUGUUGUGCUUAAUCCACAUGAACAUCGUGAUAACCCUUUGUCUCAUUACGACACCACUGCUGAAGAAAUAUUAGAUGCACUUGACGGUCAAGUGGACAUGCUGGUUGUGUGCAGCAGAAGUGGCGGAUUAUUAACUGGAAUUGGCAGAAAAUUGAAGGAAAGGUGCCCAGACGUUACAAUUAUCGCUAUUGAUCAAACAAAAACUGAUGAAACUCCUGGAAUGAAUUUAAAAACAAAUAAGGAUACUGACAGUUUAAACUACUCCGACGAUAUAAAUUUCGAGCGGCUUGCGAAUCCAAGUGUAGCUGAUCAAACUAUAGUUGACAAGUGGAUGAAAAGAGACAAGAAAGAGGGGUUUCAAAUGGCAAGGAAGUUACUUCGAGAAGAAGGAAUAUUUUGUGGAGUGUAUAGUGGUUUGGCUGUACAGGUAGCCUCAGAAGAAGCAAAAACCCUAGACGAGGAUCAACACUGCGUAAUUGUUCUCCUUGAUUGUGUAACUACUUACCUCGACUACUUUCCAAACGACUAUUGGAUGGAGGCGAAAGGAUUUAGUCCUUGCAAUAACCCAGCUAAUUAUUGGUGGUGGGAUGUAAAUGUCUCUGAACUAAAACUGAAUCCACUACGAAAUAUUGAGGAUACAUUUACUUGUCACGAUGCUAUUCACAUGAUGCAAAAGUACUCAGUUCACCAAUUGCCAGUUGUAGAUAAAUAUGGCAAUCUGAAAGGAAUAGCAACUUUAUCCAAUAUUUUAAGGAAUAUUUUGGCUGGAAAGAUACACUCUCAAGAUUCUGUUAAAAGAGUUUGUUAUGGAGAUUUUUCUGGUAUAGAAGAGGGCUACAGUGCUACUUUAGGACUGAUACUGCGUACUUUACAAAUACAACCAUAUGCUGUCGUGUUUACCAUUACAAAUGGUGAAUAUGGCAUAGUUAUGAAGCCACUGCAUAUUAUAACACCUCGAGAUAUAUUAAUAUACAUAAAAUCACAUAAAAUCGAUCCAAUGUAAAUUAUAAUGUCCCUUACAAUGAACAAUAUACAAAUAUUUUAAAUA